ACGUUUGUUAAGAACUGCAGACAUCAAGGCUGGAUCUGGAGGAAAUCUGAUUCAAACAUGGGAUCAUCACAGUCCACACCUGAAUUUGUCACUAUUUUGGCUGACAAACAAGUAGAACUUGGACAAACUAUUAUCCUUCGCUGUGAGGCAAACACAGAAGAAUUCACUGCAAUGUGGCAGAAGAACAACCAGAGCUUGGCAUGUGUGCAGGACAAGCACAAAAUUAGACAAAUUGGCACAAAGUGUAUCUUGGAAAUAGUAAAUGCUCAGGAAGGAGAUGAAGGAAUCUAUACAUUAAACCUGAAAAAUUCCGUGGGUAGUGUCUCAUGCUCUGCCAAGGUCACUGUUGAACUCAAUGAAUGGAGGACAGUGCAAUGGAAACAAGGUCCAAUGAUCAGCAAACUAAAGAGCUUUAAAAUUAGUAACUACAAAGUUAGAGAGCUCCGUUACCUUCUGUAUGGACCAGUUGGAGCUGGGAAAUCCAGCAUCAUAAACACCAUCAAAACUAUUUUUGAAGGACGUCAAUUCAUCAAUUGUCUGGCUGCAGCAGAGUCUUCUACGAGUCACACCAUUUAUUAUCAGAAAUAUUCAGUGGCGCAGGGUGAAUUGUUUCCUUUUGCCUUCAAUGACAUCAUGGGCAUAGAAAAGGAGAAGUGUGAAGGGUUGCUCACUGAUGACAUCAUCAGUGCUCUGAAAGGACACGUGAUCGAGGGCUACACUUUCAACUCUAAAUACCCACUGUCUGAAGGAAACAAAUAUUACCGGGAUAAUCCAACCCUGAAUGACACGAUGCACUGCCUGGUGAACAUUAUACCAGCAGACAAGCUUGCACUGAUUAAAGAUGACUUCAUCGAAAGGAUGAAGGCUGUCAGAGCCAUAGCAAGCAAAAUGGGUAUCCCUCAAGUGGUUUUCCUGACCAGAGUGGAUCGUGCAUGCCCAAUGACAAAGGCCAAUUUGCGUGAUGUCUACAAAAGCAAGAAGAUCAGGGAUAAAAUGCGUGAAUGCAGUAAUGCACUGGGUGUCCCAACAAACUGCAUCUUCCCUGUGUGCAACUAUCAUGAGGAGACCGGUAUGAAUGAGCACAUCAUGCUGGAUGCCUUAACACAGAUUGUACACUGGGCUAAUGACUACAUGACCAAACGUGCCAAUGCAUAA